CCUGGGAAAUGAGAAUGUUAUGCAAGCAACAAUUUUGUAUUUUCCAAACAAAGAAAAACUCUCUCUGCUUCUUCUCAAGUCUCCAGCAAUUUCUCUGCAAAGACUUUCUCUCUCCUAAGCUUUCUCUCUCUUUAAAGCAAACCCUUCUCAGUAAUUCCACAGCUCUGCAAAAAGACUUGGGCUUUUGGGUUUUGUUCUUUCAAAGUUUCAGACUUUGAAGAAUUGCUGCUGCCAUUACCUGGGGCUUCUUGUUGCGACUGCAUUAUUUAGAUUCUGUGUGUGCGCUGCCUUCUUGGAUUGAAUUAUGAUUUUCCAUUGUGGACUGUUGGAAGAAGCAUAACCUGAAUUUGAUAUGCUGAACAGUUUUUGAAGGUAAUUGCUGAUAAGUAAAAAUCAUCAUUAUUCUGGUAGGAUGGCAACUGAGGGUCUCAUGAGAAUGGUAGAAAGCAGCAGGGGAAAGAAGUGGCCCCCAUCUAAGGAUGCUGCAACGUUUGGAUCUCCAGUGAGAAGUAUGACAGCAGAGGAGUCGGGCUUCAUUUCAAAGGGGCAUGGCUUUAAGAGAGAGAGAGCUGAAGUUAUACCCAGUCGAAGUGGUAGUGCUCCACCAAGUAUGGAAGGUUCCUUUUCCUCUAUUGAAAACCUAUUAAGUCAACAGAACUCCAGCAUGAAAACAAGCUUGACUAAUUUAAACAACACUGUGGAUAAUGUUGAGAAUGAAGAAAAACUGCGUUCAGACCCAGCUUAUAUGGCAUACUACUUAUCAAAUAUGAACUUGAACGCAAAGCUGCCUCCACCACUUACUGUACGGGAGAAUCAUCAUGUUGUCCGCCAUAGUGGUGGUCUAGGAACCAAGGGGAGACUGACUUCUUUAGAUGACAGCGCCAGGUCCUUGCAUCUUUCUCAAGGUUCUCUCUCAACUCUUCAGGAGGACCCUAAUGAUGCUAGUUCAUCCAGAAAGUCUAAUGAUAACUUGGCAGAAGAUAGUGUUGCAGUAAUGCCUGUCAAGGACACGGUUUCUUUGGCAAGUUAUAAUAAGAGUCUAGUGGAUCUCAUACAGGUAGGAGUUAAACAAGACUUCCCCCGGACUCCAUCUCCUCUAUAUAAUCACUCCCUCACUUCAAGUCUUGGAACAACAGAUGAACCAAUUGAUAGUGAUGUACAUUCACUUUCACCAAAUGCUUCUUCUGUCAACAAGUCAAAAUUACCUGAACCAAAUUCAGACUCUAUCAAUGAUUGUCCAGAUACAAGUGCCUCGGACGCGCUUGGUCGUGGGUUCAUACCAAAUGAUGUUCCUUUGCCUACCACCUCCCCAAGUGCUCAACAUCGUGAUGUUACAGGGAACCUACAAAAAGAUGAAUCUAAUAUUGAGCAUGAUGGGUCGGGGAAUAAUGCAUCGAUUAAUGGUGACCUUGGCUUGGAUCUUUCCAGAGCGAGAGCAGCUAAAGUUGAUACCAACUAUAACAAGCAACAAGAACAAUCUUAUGGGAGGUAUCUACCACAACACAAUUUGUCUACACAACAAGGGGUUCCAUAUCAACUUCAGGGGUUCCAAGCACAAUUAGUUUCACAAGGAAUGAAUCAUUUGCAAAGCAGAAUGCAAAAUCUUCCCCACGGGUACCCAAAAUUCUCUUCUAUUGAGACACAACCAUCAUUGCACUCACCUGGUGUCACACCUCCCUUGUAUGGUACAGCCACAGCAUAUAUGACUCCAGGAAGUCCAUUCUACUCAAAUUAUCAGUCGUCUGGUGCGUUUCCUACACAAUAUGGAAUGGGUGGAUAUGCCUUAAGUUCUACUUAUCUUCCUUCAUAUAUGCCUGGGUAUGCUUCUCAUGGGUCUUUUCAAAUGCUCUUUGAUGCUACUUUGGGGCCAAGUUUCAAUGGUCGACCUGCUGAUGUUUCAAGAGGGGAGAGGAUUCCCCAUGAAGGUGAUAUGCAACACCCUAGUAGAUCUUAUGGGCAACAUGGGCCAGUGCUCCAGCCACCUUUUGUGGAUCCCCUUUAUACGCAAUACUAUCCUCGUCUGUUGGAGGAUUCAUAUGGUGCUUCAAUUCCUCAUGGUCACUUGGCGUCAAGGGGUGUUGUCAGAGGCCAACUUUCACAACAAGAAUUAAAUGUUAAUGCUUAUAGGGCUGACCCAAAAUUCCACACUUCAACUAAUGGUAAUCUGGGUAUUCUAAGUCCAAGGAAUGUGGGAAACAAUGGUAGUGGUUAUUAUGGACAUCCUUCUGGCAUGGGUGUAGUGACACAGUUUCCAGCCUCACAUCUCGGUAGUCCAAUAUUGCCAUCAUCUCCAAUGGGCAGAAUGAAUCAUCUUGGUCGGAAAUAUGAAUUGAGGUCUCCUGAAGGUUCUGUUAGUGGAGUAUAUUCUGGGUGGCAAGGGCAGAGAAGCUCCAUCUUGGAUGAUCCUAGAAGACACUCUUUACUUGAAGAACUGAAAUCUAGUAAUACCCGUAAAUUUGAACUUUCUGAUAUAGCUGGGCGCAUUGUUGAUUUCAGUGUCGAUCAACAUGGGAGUCGAUUUAUUCAACAGAAGCUAGAGUACUGCAGUUCUGAAGACAAGGCAUCUGUUUUCAAAGAGAUUCUUCCACGUGCUUCAAAAUUAAUGACGGAUGUAUUUGGGAAUUAUGUUAUUCAAAAGUUUUUUGAAUAUGGGAGUCCUGAGCAGAAAAAGGAGCUUGCAGAUCAACUUGCUGGGCAAGUUUUGCCUUUAAGUUUGCAGAUGUAUGGUUGUCGUGUAAUCCAGAAGGCUCUCGAAGUUAUUGAGCUUGACCAGAAAAUACAACUUGUGCAUGAGCUUGAUGGACAUGUCAUGACAUGUGUACGAGAUCAAAAUGGAAAUCAUGUAAUACAGAAGUGUAUAGAAUGCAUUCCCACAGAGAAAAUUGGAUUUAUCAUUUCUGCUUUUCAAGGACAAGUUGCCUCACUUUCUACUCAUCCCUAUGGCUGUCGUGUCAUACAGAGAGUUUUGGAGCAUUGUUCAGAUGACCUUCAAAGUCAGUGUAUUGUUGACGAGAUCUUGGAAUCUACUUAUGAUCUUGCUCAAGAUCAGUAUGGCAAUUAUGUUACCCAGCAUGUUCUGGAAAGGGGAAAGCCCAACGAAAGAAGCCAAAUUAUCAGCAAGUUGGUUGGGAAGAUUGUACGAUUGAGUCAGCAUAAAUAUGCAUCAAAUGUUGUUGAGAAGUGUCUGGAGUAUGGUGAUACUACUGAGCGGGAGCUCUUGAUUGAGGAAAUCAUUGGACAAAUGGAAGAAAAUGAUAGCCUGUUGCCAAUGAUGAAGGACCAAUUUGCCAAUUAUGUGGUUCAGAAGGUUCUUGAAACAAGCAAUGAUAGACAGCGGGAAAUACUGCUCAAACUUAUAAGAGUUCAUAUUGAUGCUCUGAAGAAAUAUACUUAUGGGAAACACAUAGUUGUUCGGUUUCAACAGCUAUCCGGUGAAGAUGUCCAAACCCCAGAAGCUGAGGGGGUAUAGAAAGGGGUAGACAUUGCUCAAUCCAUUUGGCUUGAAGGUUUUGCUUGUGGAGUGCGGGCAGUUGACAGAAGGAAGAAGCAUUACCUUAGAACAAGCAAAAGUUUAACCUUUUCUUUUCAAGAAUGGCACCUUUUACAAGAAAUUUCAAGCAUAAGAAACAACAGCGGCGUUGAUUGAUGAAAACUCAAUGCCUGCACCAAACCGAUGGUAAUUAAGUUGUCCUAGUUUUCGUUGAAAAGUUUAUAAAAUGUGCGAUUCUUGAAACAGGGGUAGACAUUUGCUAGUUCUGUGGAAAACUGUCUGCAAGAUAUAUAAGACAGCUACCGCGUCUUCUUUGCAAGAAGAAGAGCCAGAUGAUUGAAGCUACCGUGAUGUAUUUUCUGAUUUUACAUUUACGUAUAUUUGGGUACACAUAUUUAUGUAAAGCAAUGUAAUGAUCCAUGCGCGGUUGAAGGCGGCGUAGAUACUACUGUCUAGUUAUAGCUUACUCGUAGUGUGUGAAUUUGGGACGACAACAACAAAAUUGUGUUGAUAUGUAAUAUGAUGUAAAAAGUUAUAUCAGGGUAUGUUUCACUAUGCAAA